AAAUUUGAAGAUGGAAAAGUAAACAACAUGGCGUCGGUUUUGUCAGAGGAUUCUGUCGACAAUUUUUCAGAUUAUUCCCAAUUUUCAAUAGUUUGGGAUGAAAACCUUAGUGAAAAAAGUGAUAAUAAUGAUAUUCCCUCAAUACCAAUAGAAAAAACUGAAAAUUUAGUUAAUAAUGUAUUAAAUAGACAGUUGUACGGUCGAUUUUCCAAAAAUCCCAAAGCGAAAACUGAAAGAAUAUUUAAUAUUAUUCAUCAGAAAUGUAGAUAUGCGUUAAGUUCAUUAAUAAAAGACCCGGAUUCUUUUAAUCACAUUUACAUGGGGUUUACUAUGUGCGGGCAGUAUUUUAUAAGUUAUACAGAGAAAUUAUGUGAAGAAUUAGGUCCUCUACAUUUUGUCACUUCAUAUGAAUAUGAAUUAUUCUUGUGGAGAUUUGUUCCUGGGAAAAAACUUCAGUUUAUAUCGAAACAUAAAAUAUUUAAACAUUUAAAAGGUUCAGACGCUGUCGAUAAGAUAAUGUUCAUGCAAUUUCCCAGAGAUUUAUAUAAAAUAGUUUGUUAUGGACUCACUGCAACCAAUCCUGAUUUAGUUCACAUUACGAUUUUAACUUUGCCUGCACCAAAAAAUUGCAAACAUUGUUCCAGAAUAUUUUCUCCAAUAGAUGAAUCCGUUAAUCAGGGUUGGUGUACAAAACACGGAUUCGUAGUUCAUUAUAUGAUUUCAAUGUCUCAACCGACUCCACCUUUCGAUCCCAACAUUUCCUUGGCCUAUCCCAAUCAUCUAGUUAUAAAUACCGGUCAUCACAUCCACAUACUCAACGUCACAACUUCAGAACCGCCCCAACUCACAAUUUCCCUGUUGAAUUUAACGAAAGACGACGACAAAAUCACCAACACCCCGACGCACACUUUUAACGAUACCCUAAGCGAAGUUUCCGAAACUCCCAGCGAACAUUUCGGUACUAGUAGCAUAGUAGACGCCAUAUUAGAAGAUUUCAGCGAAUACGAUUUGGAAUCGAACGAAUGUAAUAAACCUUUUCACGAGCUGAACAUCAGCUGCGAACCAUUGAAUGUUACCGGAAAAAGUUAUCACAAUACGUUAGUUCAAAAUAUCGUCGAUCCGAGAGUGAAACGUUUACAGACCAACAACAAAGAUUAUUUAUUUUCUAUACCCCAAACAUCGAAUACGCAAAAAAGUACGGAAAAAUCGAAGAUCGAUAAGAAAAUAGCGGAAAAAGCGUACGAAUUCAUAGAAGAAAACGAAAAAUACGAAAAGAUCAGUUCGUUCAGAAAGAAGCGUCUGGCAGAAAAGAAAUACGAAUUUUCUGAGGAUAACAGCGAAAAUAUAGUUCCUUUUAAUUCGUUACGAAGGGAACGUAGAUACCUUUAUAGAUCUCAAAAUAAAUGUAUCCGAUCGCCGGAUUUUAAUUCGUUAUUUUUGAGUCCGAAAUCUAGCGGUCUAAGGUCCCCUAUGCAAUCGCCCAAAUCUAGAAACGGUCAAUUUUCGCCGAGCGGCGCUCGUAACCUUUACUGUCCUUCGUUACGUAACUCGCCCCAUCAUUCCAAAUCUCCCAUCAGUCCCAAAGAGUCCGCCAGGAAAUUUUACGUCUAUUCGCCGAGUUUGGACAGCGAUUGUUCCGAUUCGGAUUCGAGGCUUAUUAUGAGAAUGUCCGGGAACGUUUCUACGUCGGGCGACAGUAAAUUUAGUAAUACCGGAUUGUUGAUUGUCGAUCCUAAAGUCGAAACGCCGAAAUGGAUUAAGAAAGUCGUUAGGAGGUACUCGAAUGGUGAUUUCGAAAACGGGUCGUUGGUGUCCGGUCAGAGUAGAGAUGACUAUAAUAUUCCUAUAGAAAUACCUCUGUUAGUUCAAAAUCUUACCGAACAACAUUUAGAUUUAGUGCCGGAUUUUACGGAACAUCUGACUGAAGUACAAUUAAUUGUAACGCAAAGAUCGUUCGAUUGCGAACAAUUCGUCCAACGCCGAGCUCAGAAACUGUGUUCAGACGCACAGUUAGAUUUUAUGCAUUGCGAAGACUACGAUAUUAAAAUUAUACAUAUUUGUCCAAUCAACGGCCAUAUAAUUUGUCAUGCCAUAAUAAAAAUAGGUGCUGUUAAAAAUCCGAGCGAGAAACUGGAACAUUUUUCCGCUAAUUUCCUAUUCACUUGGAGUAUAGAAAGUGACGCUUUUGAUAUUAUAGAUCACAAAGAACCAACGAAAUUAUUACCAGCAGACGAAUUGAUCGAUACUCCAGACUACGAUAUACCCAGAUGUAAAGAAGUGCUUGUUAUGGAUUAUUGUUAUGCCGCAUCUAAAACGAGUCUCAGGGAUUCAAAUAAUUAUUACGAAAUUUGUUUGGGUUCGACGCAUAUUGCUAUUAGGUCGCACGCUUUCGUGACGCAAGGAUAUUCGAGCGAUAGCGAUUGAUUUAUUUGUUAAACAGUCUGGAGAUGAAAAUAGAUUUGUAUAGAGUGAUGUUUGGAGGAAAAAAAAUUAAUUUUAAAACAGGUAAACUGAUUUUUCUUUGUUUAUAUUCGAUCAUUGGAUUUGUAAUUGGUUCGAAUUUUCGUUUUGAAUUGGAAUAUGCUUCAUUCAUUCAAGUAUCUAGAUAUUUACUAAAAAAUUUUGGCAGCUUCUCUUCGAGAAUGUAUUAACACGUCGACUGCCAACGCAAUUUUUAUAAAUUUAAUUGAAUCGUAUUAAAUCAUUGUAAAUUCUGCCUUAUAAAUACUGUUCUUUACUUAUUUAAUUUAUUUAAACACUUUACACUACACUUAACUAAUUUAUUUAAAUUCUUCGGGUACUUUUCUAUUUCCGUUUACUAUGACUAUUUAUUAUAAACUAACUAACUCCGCUAAACGUGCUUGGUUUAUAUAGCAGAAAAGAUAUUUCUAGAAUUCUAGAAAAUAAACAAAUAAAUGACAAGACCUUACUAGAAAUUAGUUUAAAAAAAACGUACCGUAAACAACUCAACGCUGUUUAUAAAAAGAUAUAUACAAAUGAUUUGGACUAUUUGCCAAAUUUUAAAAUUCCAUUAUAACCGGACAGGACAGGCUUCACGAUCUACGUCGUGGACUUAUUCGUAACAAUACUCAAUAUGCAUCAUGUUUUUCCAUUUAUUUUUUUGAUAGUAGGUGAGUGCUUGAAAUAAAACAAAAAAAUUAAAGUUUAGAAGUCAUAUUUAUUUGUAGAUUAUAAUAACAUAAAAUAAAUUCUUGUUUCACACCUAGUGACGGAUAAAUACUAUACAACAUAAAAAUAACUUUAAAUGUAAAAUAUGAUACUUUUUUUGGCACUCGUUGCACGGUCCAAUGAACUAAGUGGCUUAAAAACGCCUCUGGUGAUGCAUCGUUUUUAUAGUGUUCCAGGCAUCAAACAAAAAAUCAUGAAACUACCAUCUGACAUGUUAUUGAUUUCAAAAUUAAUUUUUGUUUUUUUUUGCACCCUGGGUUUAGACACCCGUGUGCAUUUCACACUUAUGCACAUAUGGUAGUUUUUCUUAGUUUGAUUAGGGAAGGGGGGCGUAAAAUAUGUUAUUUCGUGGUUGGCAGUCAACGUGUUAAUUUCAAAUACAUGUACGUGUAACUUUAUAUGGACAAUUAUUGACCUAACCUAACCUAAUUAAAAAAAAAGUUGCAAUUCUAUAUGAAAUUUAGGAAUAAAUAAUCUCGUCCUGAAAGUUUUUCUUCUCCAGUCUGCAGUACUAAACCAAUCUCAGUUUUAUAAAGAAAUAUCAUCGAAAAGUAAUCAUUUAAUUUAACACACUGUAUAUUUCACAAUAAUAAACAGUAAAUUUUAUUUUAAAUAUACUUAAUUAUAAUUGUUAAAAUAAUGAAUAACGUGGAUAGUUUUUAUAUUUAUUAACUUCUAUAUAAGAAAAUGUUCAAAGACACUAUCAUUUGUCUAAAAAGUGCUCUGGCCAUGACUUCUGACCUCUGACGUUGUUUCUUGCUUGCUUCGUUCAUCUCGUUCACCCUCCUAGCUGUCACGUAUUGUUAGUUUGUUUUUCUCGCGCCCAGGACAGAGAACAUAGACAAUGAUGAAUAGAGUUGCUUCAAUAAGUAUCUGAGAAUCAACACACCUCCUUACUUAUGGAAGCAACACUCAUAACAUACCAUAUAUACUUAAUACUAUUUAACAUAUACUUAACAGUUGUCUCAAUUUUUCAAAUCUUAUGACACUUAGCGCUUUGGUUAAAAUGUCUGCCAAUUGAUCUUCAGAUGAAGUUUUUGUUACCUUUAUUGUUCCCUUUUUAACAUCAUGUACAUAGUGAUACCCAACAUCUAUUUGCUUACUGUUUUUUGAAAAAUUCCCAUUAUUGGCCAUAUGCCUAGCUGAUGAAUUGUCUUCAAAUAUUUCAAUAGAAUGAUUUACUUUAAUUUGCAAAUCUUUAACGAUGCCUAAUAAGAGAAGCACUUCAUCUGUAGCUUCAUCUAAAGCGAUGUACUCUGCGUGGCAAGACGACCUAGUAACUACCUUUUGUUUUCGUGAUAUCCACAAAACUGGAUUACCUAAAACUCUGAUAAAAAUACCGCUUCGUGAUUUUCGGUCAACAAUGUCACUUGCCCAAUCAGCGUCAACGUAGCAAUCAAUAGGUAUACUGUUUGAUGAAUCAAAAUUAAGUUUCAAAUUUUUGGUAUAAUACAAGUAUUUCAAAAUUCUUAUGGCAUAUUUAUAGUGAGUGCUCGAGUAACUAUUCUGAAAACCACUCAGGUAAUUGACUGCGUAUGCGAUAUCAGGACGAGUGCCCUGACUAAUAUAUAACAGGGCACCUAUCAAAUUUCUAUACUGUAUAUUUUCUGCACAUGUAUCAGCUGGGCUUAGCUUUAAAUUGAUUUCGAUUGGCGUUUUAAAAUUUUUGCUUUCACAUGCGUUGUAUUUUUCUGCUGUAAUUUCAAUAUAUUUAGUCUGACUUAUACUCAUACGCUUUUCCUGUCUGUUGUAGUCGAUAUCCAUCCCAAGAUAAUUUUUGAUCUGUCCAAAAUCCUUCAUUUUGAAUUUUUUGUUCAAAUUUAGUUUUAUCUCAUUCAGUAUUUCAACAUUUUCGCUACAUAGAAUUAAGUCAUCAACAUACAAAAUAAUAUACACAAGGUUUUCAUUCAUAUUAAAAUAUAGACAACUGUCAUACUUAGAAUUUUUAAAAUUUAAAGAAAUCAUAUAUUCAUGAAAGCAGCCAUACCAUGCUCUUGAGCUUUCUCGUAGUCCAUAUAGGGCUUUAUUCAAUUUACAAACCAUGUUUUCGUUGCACUGAAAUCCUUCAGGUUGGUGUAAAUAUAUUUCGGAAUUUAUUUUUCCACUCAAGAAGGCUGUUUGUGCGUCCAUUUGAUUAAUCUACCAACCUCUGUUACAUGCUACUGACAGCAAGGUUUUUAGUGUGGGCAUUUUAGCAACAGGCGAGUAUAUUUCUUCUUCUAAGCUUUUUGGUUGCUGAUAACCGAGAGCAACUAAUCUAGCAUUAAAUGUAUUAUCUGACUUCACUUUGUAAAUCCACCUCACUUUUAUAAUCUUUUUAUCUUCAGGUACUUCAUGUAUAUCUGUCAAGUCCCAUGUUUGGUUUUCAUUUAGACAAUUUAUUUCUUUUUCCAUAGCUUUUUGCCAGAAGAUUUUUUCAUUCGACUCUAUAGCUUCAUUACAUGUGUUUGGGAUUGAAACCUUGGAAAAAUAUGCAUCUACUAUGUAGUCAUUAUGCCAAGCAGGUUUUUUUUCUUCUCUUUUAGGUCUAUCAUCCGGAAUUUUGCCACUGGACUCAUUUUGCUCAUUCAACACUUCACUCUCUGAAUUAUCAUUCAAUUUUCUAUCAUUCUCAUUCACUUCAUUCUCUCUUUCUUGUUCAUCAAUCUUUCUCACUUCAAUUACACUAUCGUUAUUCAGAUCAUUCGAUAUUUUUAUGCACUUUUCAUCUUGUUCUACAAAUUUCACAUGCCUGCUCUCAACUAUUUUAUCAUUUACUAAGAUUCGAUAGCCCAUAUCACAGUACCCUAUCAAAAUACCUUUUUCUGAUUUGGGUUCUAAUUUUGAAUGCCUAUUUGUUUCACUAAUCCUUACAAAAGCUGUACUGCCAUAAACUCUCAAGUUUGAAACAUUUGGUUUUCUACCUAAAAACAAUUCAUAUGGGGUUUUAUUGAAAUAAUUGUGUUUAGUUACUCUAUUACUAAGAUACGUUGCAGUUUUUAUACAUUCGGGCCAGUAUUUUUUUAUCUAGGUUAGCAUCUGUUAACAAGCAUCUUGCAGUAUUCAUUAAACUUCUGUUGUAUCUUUCAGCUACCCCAUUUAAUUCAUGUGUAUAGCUAGGACUUGGUCUUAGCCAAAUACCAUUUUCUUUUGUAAAUUCGUAAAAAUUUUUAUUCAAAUAUUCUUUGCCCCGGUCACAUCUAAUUUCUUUAAUUUUACGCCCAGUUUGAUUUUGAAUUAGAUUCACACAAUAUUUAAAGCAACUAAAAACUUCAUCCUUAGACUGUAUGCAAUAUGUCAUAACAAAUUUGCUAAGUCAUCAAUAAAAGAUACAAAGUAUCUUUCACCUUUGAAACCUUGCUGGGUAAUUGGGCCAUUAACAUCGGUAUGUAUUAUUUCACAAGUAUCCUUAGCUUUCUUUCUAUUGUUGUUAAAUUUCAAGUUUGUCAUUUUUGACAAUAAACAUGUUUCACAUUGAAUAAGUGUAUUUUCUAAUGAACUGGGUAAACCUUCACAAACAUUAUUUUUACACAUAAUUGAGAGAUUUUUAAAAUUUACGUGACCUAACCUUUUGUGCCAUUUUUCCUUUUCUUUUACAACAUUACAAACAUUGGAUUCUAAUUUCUAAAACUAUAUUACCAUUUAGUUCAUAUAGGUUUCCUCUCUUUUCAGCUAAUGCAAUAGUUUCAUCAUUUUUGUUUGGAAUUUUCAAAUAAUUCCGCUGAGCCCAAAUUUUAUUGCAAUUAUCAGUUAUUUUUGACAUACUUAAUAAGUUUUUUGACAUUUCUGGUGCAAAACAGCAAUUUUUAAUACGUGUUUUGAUUUCUUUAUCACCUACAGUAAAAUUUACUACUAUUGUCCCUAUAGCCAAGGCUUUUAUUAUAUGACCGUCACCUACCUUAAUGUUUACUGUUUUUUUUUUUUAAUUCUCUUAUCUCGUUAAAAUAAGUCUCUUUAUUAACAAUGUGAUCGCUGCAUCCGCUGUCUAGAAGCCAUGUUAUUUUUUCUUUUGCUUCUGUUACAUCUUUCUCUGAAUUCAUGACUGUUACCUGAAAAGAGUUGUAUUCUUGUGCAUCUGCAAAAUUUCCUGUCGAGUUAGAACUGCUUGUUUCUUCUCUGUAUCUUCCUCUGCCUCUAAAAGAUCCUCUACGGUCCCCGUGACCUCUGUAAUGACCUCUUGUAUUGCGAUAACUUGUACAAAAUCUCUGUAUAUGACCCAUAUGUCCACAUUUGAAGCAUUUUUUCAUACCAUUCUGUUCAUCAUAAUUUUUUACAUGAUUUCCUCUGUUUAUUGCUCGUGAGUUAAAUACUUGUGUAUUAUUCUCUUUAAUUGGAUUCUUCUUGAAAUCUAUGAGUAACUUUGACUUAACAUAUUCUACAGUUCUUUGAUUAGGAGGCAAUGCAUCUACAAUAUCUAUUAAAUUGUCAUAGGUUUCUGGGAGAGUAAGUAAUAGAUAAUUAAGGUGGUCAUCUUCUGAUAUUUGUUCUCCUGUACUUCGUAAUUCAUUUAUGUGUUGUUCGAAUCUCGUUAAGAAUUCUUUAGCAUCAUCGUCUUCUUUCAUUUUUAAUUCUAAUAAUUUUCUUUUUGCGAUUAGCUUCAAUGCUGUUGAGAAUGGUUCAUAUAUUGAAUUCAAUUUUUGGAUCAUAUCAGAUGCUGUUUUUUCGUUGAUAAUUAGUUCAAGUUGAGCAUUUGACACACCUUGUACUAUUAGAGAUCUUGCUUUGACAUCAUUUCUUUUCCAAUUUGUUCUCUGUACCUCUUCUUCUAUUCCCUCUGGCAUUUUUUCAUUAAUUACAUUUAUGCAAUUUUUACUCUCCAAUACUAGCAUUAAUCUAAAUUUCCAUUUGGUCCAAUCUUUACCAUCAAAUAUCGGCAAAGCAAAAUCGUCUCUUCUGUCGGCCAUGCUUUCAAGCUAUUCUAUUUUACCUUCAAUUUUUUACUUUUUCAAAUAUCGACUUAAUCUUCUUAUUCAAUUACCUUUUUUAACAAACCACGCUCUGCUACCAUGUUAAAAUAAUGAAUAACGUGGAUAGUUUUUAUAUUUAUUAACUUCUAUAUAAGAAAAUGUUCAAAGACACUAUCAUUUGUCUAAAAAGUGCUCUGGCCAUGACUUCUGACCUCUGACGUUGUUUCCUGAUUGCUUCGUUCAUCUCGUUCACCCUCCUAGCUGUCACGUAUUGUUAGUUUGUUUUUCUCGCGCACAGGACAGAGAACAUAGACAACGAUGAAUAGAGUUGCUUCAAUAAGUAUCUGAGAAUCAACAAUAAUUAUCAAAAGAAAAUAUUAAUUUAAAAGUUUUUUUCUGUUAAAAUUAGAGUUUUUUGACACUUAUACUUCCUCUAAUAAAUCAAAAUAUUAUUUUCCUGCUCAGGUAACGCAAAUUGGUGUUAAUUUUUGGUAAAAAAUGUUUUACUAGGAUGAUAUUUCUUAUUUACAGUACUCGAUUAAUUUAUUGAUAUUUUUAAUAUUUUUUUAAAAAAAUAGAUUUUUUUAUAUAAUUAAUCGUGACGCCAUUCGAAAUUUUAUGUAUAUUUAUGUAUCCUAAGUUACUAAAUAGUAAUAAGUUGAACUGUGAUUUUACGAUUGUGAAGUUUUAAAAUAAAAAAUAAUUAAAUAUUUAUUUUU